ACACACAUGUUGAUGCUUAACAUAAAGCAUCACAGGACCAUGGAAAGAGGGCUUUGAGAGCUCUUCUGGAGAGCAUCUUGGAAGUUUAUCUCUUGGAAAAACACCCAACAAUGUCAGACCCUUCUACAAAACGUCGAAAGCUCAAUGGCCCGGCAUCGACACAUCAAGGGCAUGAUCAGAAUAAUUCGGGCUAUUCAAGUUCAGAAAACGACGACGAUCGUAAAGUCGCAAGCUCUUCAAAACAAGUCAAACAAUUGAAACCUCAAAAUCGGACCGAUACUGCAAAUCGGUUUGCUGAAGUGGGUAGAGCAACUGGUCUCUCCAAGUCCAGUCUUUUCAAACUUCAGACAGACGAGUUGCUUGCCGGGUUAAGGCCAGAUUACGACAAGCUUGUCUUUACCGUUCAAGACAAUCUACGCCGAAUCAGAGAUAUCUUGCAACAAGUUCCCGAAAGAGAAUCGAAGAGAGCCGACGUUGCUGCCAAAGAACUACGGGACAAAUACCAUGUCACAGUACCGUUUCCUUGUCACUCAUCCGACGACCUUGCGAAGUACCACGUUUCCUUCCAACCCCCGAUCAGCAUUGAUCUUGUUGGUAGUCUCUGCCUGCGAGCCGGAUUGCAAGCCACCGAAACCUUCAAUGUUGAUAUAGCAGUGACCAUCCCGAACACAUUGUUUCAGCCGAAAGAUUAUCGAAACUACAAAUACUUCCAGAAACGCGCUUUCUAUAUUGCAUGCAUUGCAGCAAGCUUACGCGAAGCGAAACUGCCUUUUUCGAUACAAUACAGCUAUCAGGAUGGAGAUCUUCUACGCCCCAUUGUUGUGUUGGAACCCACAGAGAACGCCGCAGAAAACUCACCUGGGCAACCAAUUUGCAUUCGCAUAUUGACUGCUGUUGAAGAUGAUCUGUUCCCUACCGCACGUACUCUUCCAUCGAAAAACAAUGUUCAGGCGUCGGGUGCAGAGGACGAAGCUCAGUCCAGCGAGGAAACUAAGUCAAGCCCUUUUUACAACUCUGCUUUGCGUUUCGAAUCGAUGGUCAUACCUUAUCAGAAGUGGCUACAGAAUUCUCUCAAAAAAUACACAUCAAUGAGAGAUGCGAGUCUUCUCGGACAAACCUGGCUUCGACAACGUGGUUUCGCCUCCUGUAUCGAGAAAGGAGGUUUUGGCAGCUUUGAGUGGAUGUUGCUUCUGGGCCUACUCUUUGAAGGUGGCGGUGCAAAUGGAAAACCUGUUUUGCUGCCGUCAUAUAGUAGUUAUCAAAUCUUCAGAGCGGCUAUACAGUUUCUAGCUGCUCGAGACCUGAUGCACCCUAUGUCUCUAUUCGCCAACGACGUUGAAUUCCCUGCCGGCAGUCCAGUAUUUUAUGACGGAAAAAGGGGCUUGAACAUACUGUACAAAAUGACUAUUGGGUCCUACAAGCUGCUUCGCCACGAAUGUAGCCUCACAAUUUCGCUGUUGAAUGAAACGCGCUUCGAUAAUUUUGAAAAAGUGUUUAUCUUUCAGAACAAUGAUCCGAUGCUUAAAUUUGACCGGCUCGUUUCUUUAAGUCCACCACGACAAGUGGCUGAUCCCCUACAUUCUGUCUACUACCAGAACCACGUUUACGAUAUUUUGGAAAGAUCACUCGGCGACAGGGCAAAGGUCAUUUGCCUGUGGACUGAUUCUACGCCUCCGCGGGCCCUGAAAUCGAAAUCAUUGAAUGACACGCAUCCGCAGCAGAUCUCAAUUGGUCUUAUAUUGGACCCCGAGAACGCGAAUCGUAUCGUUGACCAUGGUCCUGCAGCAGAAAUGCAAGAAGAAGCUGCGGCUUUCCGAGCAUUCUGGGGUGACAAGGCUGAACUGAGACGAUUCCGAGAUGGAAGCAUUCUUGAGAGCUUGGUGUGGUCAGAUCAAGGUCUUAGUCGCCAUUUGAAGGUCCCUCGGCACUCGAUAAAAUGUGUCGGAGACGGAUUCGAUGAAACCCUACAACAGCUUGCUGGUCCGGAAAAUCAGACUGCUGCAAUGUUCCAGGGCAUUCGCGAUGCAUUCCAAUCGUUGCAGUCGUCAUUUCAAAACAUGGACGAUAUCCCACUUCAGGUCAGGCAACUACAGCCCGCAAGUCCGUUUCUGAGAAGCACUGCUGUGAUAUCAGACCCUAAGGAUCUUGGGCUCACUCCGGUGGACAUCAACCUGCAACUUGAGAGUUCGGCCAAAUGGCCAGACAACUUAGAUGCCAUUCAAAUGACCAAAGUUGCCUUUCUAGUGAGGAUCGGUGAGGCCUUGAAAGAUAAUGGAGAUGUUCAUUCCUUCAGGGUUGGCCUGGAAAAUGAGAGCAAACUCUUCAUGAACAGGGCUUUCCUAGACAUCAGGCAUACAACUGGCAUCCAAUUCCGGCUGAGAAUACAUCACGAACGCGAAGCAACCCUCCUCGAGAGGAAGCUGAAAGAAACCGGUCUUAGUCCUCACUACAAAGAGGAGGUAGGCGCUGCUCUUUUCGAAUAUAAGAGGACCUUCAUCCACUCCCCGCGUAUCACGCAGGUUAUCCAAACGCUUUCUAAUCGAUAUCCUCUAUUAUCGCCUACAGUGCGUUUGAUGAAACAUUGGUUCAACUCUCAACUUCUCCUGUCUCAUGUUACUGAAGAAUUCGUCGAACUUCUCGCUAUCAACAUCUACGUCUCGAGCCACCCAUGGACCUCACCUUCUAGCUUAAUGACUGGAUUUUACCGAACUCUCACCUUACUUUCAAAAUGGAACUGGCAACAGGAACCUCUUAUCCUUGAUAUGGGUGGACUUACAGCAGAAGACGUCAAAACCAUCGAAACACGGUUCUUAGCCUGGCGCAAUAUCGACCCUGCAAUGAAAAAGGUCUCCAUGAUCGUGGCAUCUAACCUCGACCAUGACGGAGUUACAUGGACGCUGAACGAAAAACCUCCGAAAGUCGUAGCAGGACACAUCACUCGUUUGGCGAGAGCCGCAGUGGAAGUACUCAAACAACAACACGGCAGGGAAGAAAAGACGUCUCUCGAAACGCUUCUUUUCAGACCUGCCCUUUCACCUUAUGAUUUCGUCAUUCAUCUCAAUGAUCCCAAUAAGAAGAGCAAGAAACACAGUACCCAACAAUUUGCGAACCUCAAGGGUUCAGCUAGUUUGUCUUUAUCAUCCGAAGCUUCGAGUCGCGAUAUCAUGGUGUCUUAUCUGUAUGAACUUCAAACUAUCUUUGAGCAUUGUAUCCUCUUCUUCUACAGCCACGAGGAGAAUGUCAUUGCAGGUCUGUGGAAACCAACAUCGACCACAUCACGACCAAUGAAUCUGAAAACCGCAUACUCUACUCGUCCCGUACACGGCGAGGAUUCAUCAUCUGUUGAGGUCACCUUGAACAAGGACUCCAUAUUGAACGAAAUAGCUCGAUUGGGCGGAAGUCUGGUGCACAACAUCGAUAUAAAAAAUGUAUAG